CAGCUGGAUGAUGUGACGCUCUGUGAUCGGGACGGCUAACUGCUAGCUUAGCUUGGGAACUAGCUUAGUUGCCUAACCGGGAAUAUUUCUCCAUCUGUGGUCGCCACCAUUCAUCCGCUUAUACAGUUAGGCAAGUCGGUGGAGGUGCUGUUGUAGAUCACACGGGACAGUUAGACCAUUAGAAAAGUGAUAAAUCACAAAGCGAGCAAAGGCUAGGCUGUUAGGCGCAAGAUAAAUAUUAACCCGUGUAAGCUAGGUUGCAUCUUUUUCUCUAGCUGGCUGACGUUUACCUCCAGCCUGGCUGUGUGAGAUGGAGGGCGGAAAGGACGUGCGAGUGGAAUCGGCCCCAUACUGCUGCUCCACCUGUGAUGGAGGGGAGGUGCCUGCCCGCAACCUGAUUCGAAGAAGCAGAAAAGUCCGCAGCUUGAGCACCUCCUCAGCCAGCACCUCCUUUGAGUACAGGAGGACUCAAUCACUUCAUGGACCAAGUCCUGUGACGACAUUCGGCCCCAAGGCAUGCAUGCUCCAGAACCCACAUGCAGUAAUGCACAUUCAGGAUCCCGCCAGCCAGAGGCUGACGUGGAACAAACCACCAAAAAGUGUCCUUGUCAUCAAGAAGAUCCGAGAUGCCAGUCUGCUACAGCCUUUCAAAGAGCUCUGCAUGUUCCUCACUGAGGGGAAAAACAUGAUUGUUUACGUGGAAAAGAAAGUCCUGGAGGACCCAGCCAUUUCAGGCGAUGAAAACUUUGCGGCUGUUACAAAGAAAUUCUGCACUUUCAGAGAAGAUCUCGACGACAUCUCCAACCGUGUAGACUUUAUCAUCUGUCUCGGUGGAGAUGGAACUUUGCUGUACGCAUCUUCGCUCUUCCAGGAGAGCGUUCCACCAGUCAUGGCCUUCCACCUGGGUUCCCUGGGCUUUCUGACCCCUUUCAAAUUUGACAUGUACCAGUCUCAGGUCAACCAAAUUAUUGAAGGUAACACUGCCAUUGUCUUAAGAAGUCGCUUGAAAGUGCGGGUGCUCAAAGAGAACUGGGAGAAGAAGGCCAGGGUGGACGAGAAGGGGAUCAUUUUGACCAACGGGGACAUCGAAAGUAGCCGCAAAGCCAUGCAGUAUCAGGUACUGAAUGAGGUGGUGGUGGACCGAGGACCCUCCUCCUAUCUCUCCAACGUAGACCUGUUCCUGGAUGGACACCUCAUUACUACAGUGCAGGGAGAUGGUGUGAUAGUCUCCACACCUACAGGCAGCACAGCAUACGCAGUAGCAGCAGGAGCUUCCAUGAUCCAUCCCAACGUCCCGGCCAUCAUGAUCACCCCCAUCUGCCCGCACUCUCUCUCCUUCAGACCCAUCGUGGUGCCGGCCGGAGUUGAGCUCAAGAUAAUGCUCUCACGUGAUGCCAGAAACACAGCAUGGGUGUCGUUUGAUGGACGAAAGAGACAAGAGAUCUGCCACGGGGACAGUAUUACCAUCACCACUUCCUGCUUCCCCGUUCCAUCGAUCUGCUUCCGGGACCCGGUUAAUGACUGGUUCGAGAGCCUGGCCGAGUGCUUGCACUGGAACGUGAGGAAGAAGCAGAACUACCUCAGCUCAGAGGAUGAGGAAUUCUGAGGCCUUUUCCGAGGUCUCCUCAAAGUCUUGGUUUUAGCUUGACCGUUCUCUGUGCCAUUUUUUUUUUUCUUUUUUUUUUUUCAUCUUUUAUGGAUAGAAGGUCUCAAAAAAAUCUGUUAUAAUAGUUUUCAGUAAAAUGAGGUUGCUACAGCCCCUCAUUUCAUCCACCUUCACAGCAAGUUUUAGUUCCCCCACCCCCUCACAAACACAGCUUUCUUUUGAUUGGCUGUGCUUUGUAAACAGAAGGUUAGGGAUUCUCUGUUCUCACUGACAUCAUAAAUACCGAAGACUAGAAGGAAUAAAAUGAUCUGGGACCGAGCAUUUAGAGCAGUUUGAAGCCUGAGCUCUACCAGUGUACCACUGUGCAUAUAUGAUAGGAAAUAAGGACAAGUAUACAAGGUAUCUUUAAUUAAAAAAACAAACAAAAAAAUUGCUUAUACUAAGUCCUGCUUUCUAAAAUAUUGUUUCGUCAUUCUUUUUUUUUUAUAGUAAGUGUGUUUUUGGUAAACAUUUCCUUCACGACAGUAAAAAGCUAAACUCCUGUAAAGACUGCAAUUGGCUGAAAUGUGGACGCUGCAACAUGCCCGUAAGAUUCAAAAUAUGACUUUAAUAAAUUAAAAAACUGAACGUUUUUUACAAGCAUUAGUUGAAGAAAAUUAAACCAAAUCAAUAUAUUUUUUUCUUUAUGAACUAUGAAGCAUUAAUACAAUCUCCCAAAUGUUCCCACUGGACGUUCGGUAUGUAAGAUUUUUAAAAUGAUGGAUUUUUGAAUGGAGUUUGGUUCCACUAUUACUCCAGGAUCUGAAUGCUGUGAAAACCUCUCCUUACUUGAAGUUAAAACUUCAGCUUGUUAACAAAGUGUUUUGACUAGUAAGGAAAAGGAAACGCAACACUUGAAGUGAUCUUGUACUGAAACUUUAAAAGGUCAGUUGUGGUUAUCAGAUGGUGGUUAUCAGAUGGUGGUUAUCAGAUGUGUCGUAGCACUUUUUAAUCAGAUGGCAGGGUAAAAGCUAGCGCUCUCGGUAGGGGUGACGGCAGAGUUGCACUUUCCAGGAAAGAUUCGACUCUGGUAAAAAAAAAAAAAUGGAUGUAAUGCUAUCAAUGAAAGGCAAAUGUUGUUUUUAGAGUUUUUUUUUUUUUUUUUUUUUUUUAGUUGCGUCUCUUGGAGGAGCAGAUUUAAGUACAUCUACCUAGCAACAGCAACAUAACAUUACAGACUGUGCCUUAAACACUGGUAUCAUUCAUAUAGAGAAAUAAUAUUUUUCAAGGUUUACACCACACUUUUUUUUUUUUUUUUUUAAAUCACACAUUUGCACAGAUUUGUGUUUUUGUGCAUUCUCAUUGUUACCACAUUGUGACUGUUUGUCUACGCUGUCCGCAGCACUUGAUUGUCACUCGUUUGUCAUUUAUUACAUUGUGUAAUAUCUCUACUAUCAACCACGGGGUGAACACUAGGAGGCGGUAUCCAUUCCAGGCUAAGAGAACACAGAUUGGAAGUCUUCAUAUUUCAUACUUUGUAUUUUUAAAGUCUGCUUUUUAAAAUGUGCUUUAAGCCAUAGUAUAUUUUAUAGACCAAUGUCUGUGGGCUGUGGGUGGUUUAAUGGUGUGAGACUUUGGAUCUGUUCUUAUCAGUUUACCCCUGUGCUGCCUUUCGUGAUUACUUCGAGGUGGCCUGCCUUACAUGUCUGUUCGGGCUUAGUGCCCUGAUGUUAAUAUAUAUAUGUUGUGAAUUGGCUCAACAAACUGUGUCAGGGUGAAAAGAUGAUUAGUUUUCAUCUGUAACGCUAAACAAAAACCACCCGAGCACUAAAAGCUAAUCAUUCCUUGAGCUUUUGAGUAUGUAUAUAAAUGUAAUGUUUGAAUAAGAUGUAUUUUGUAAAGUUCACGUGUUUAUUAACAGUUUAUAAUGUAUUACUAAUGGAUAAUAAAUCUAUUUAGUACUUUCUUUUUUUUUUAAUGUUUUUCGGAUGUAAAUUCUGUUUCACCGAUGAAGACCAAUCUGCUUUUAGUAGUUCUGCUCAUCCAACUGAAUUUCUAACACGGUGUCAUUGGACAGAAGUACAAACAGAGCUAAAGAUCUCUAUAAAUGCAUUCCAGGACAAAGUGAAUAAUCUCAUUUCUGACGUGGACAGUGACAGAAUUAUUUCAAAUGUUGGUCUAAUCUCAGUUUAAAAACACACACGCGCGAAGUUCAGUAAGAUAACCAGGCUUUGACGACUCUUCUGUGAAGCAUUGUCAACUCUCAAA